UCAUGUCUAUGCUUGUGUGUAUUCCAGGCUGCUGAGUACAAUGUGUUUGAGGGCAUGGAGCUCCGUGGUGCCCCCUCGGUGGUGAUCUGCCAGGGGAAGCUGGUGCUGGAGGAUGGGAACCUGCACGCCACCUCCGGGGUUGGCCGCUUCAUCCCCUGCACCCCCUUCCCGGACUUUGCUUACAAGCGUGUCAAGGCCAGGAAGCAGUUGGCAGUCCUGCGGGCAGUGCCCAGGGGAAUGUAUGACGGUCCUGUGUCUGACUUCUCGCCCUUGUCUCGUGGCGGUACCCCCUCAGCGUCUGCCCGUACCUCCCCCACCAAGCAGCCUGUGAGGAACCUGCACCACUCUGGCUUUAGUUUAGCAGGUCCCCCCACCACAGAGGAUGUCCCCAUCCGGCCAGCCGGACGCCGCAUCGUAAUUCCUCCUGGUGGUCGCUCCAACAUCACAUCCCUCAGCUAAGAGGUUUAACCAGGAGAGAUACCAGUCAGAAGAUGACUACAGCCAUUGGGAGACAACGGAGACAUGAUUAGUUAAAACAAGUUAAGUUGAGUAAAACACUGAAUCCUCAUGCCUUACCAGCCACAAUGCUACCUGCUUAAGCUUCUAAAAGCUCAGUACUACUCCUCCUAGGCAAUUGCAGGUCAGUCACUAGAACAAAAUAUGAAUUUAAAGUACAUUUGUUUACCAAAAGAUUGGGUUUGUAUGCUCUGGAAUAACAGGAGUAUGUUCAUAACCAGAAUAUAGGUGAUCAAUUUGUAUUACUGUCCCUCAUUGUCUACGUAAGUAAUUGUGUCAACUGUGUAUUGACAUUUUAGGCAAUGCUCUGAAUCCAUAAUAUAGUUAAAUAAACCUCAUGAUACCAAUUUCCACAGUGUUCUGAUGCUUGUUACCUAGGAAAAGUAAUAUGGCCUUUUUCUUCCAUCACGUUUGGCUUUCACCCUUUUUGAGUACUAGUCUGCUGAUUUAGUUCCCUAGCAAUGUAACGAUAACAUGCAGUAACGUCCAUAACUGAUAGGUGGCAUUGUGAGUACGUAUGAUUGAUGUAACGUAGCUUUGUGAAUGAUGUUGCUCGCUGCCUCCCUGGGUUGUUGAACCAGGAGUGAUAUUCAUUAGAGAUUGUCUUGUUUCUUAUUUUUCUUGAAGAUAAAAACGUAUCUGGUAUUACAAUAUUAUUUUGCAAACAUGCAACAGCAUAUUAUAAGGUAGAAAUGCUUGUCAUGUUUAAUUUCCCCCCUGCGCUCCGCUCCACUCCAUCCUGGCUGUAGAUUACAUUGUGAGAAACCGUCCUUUGCAUUUGCUUCAAGCUUAAUGCCUGUUCCUAUUCAUACCUUUUAGCAAGUCAUCUGGAUGGUUAAAAAACAUGUAACCCUUGCACAAGAAGUAAAACCAAGCUGAACUUCCAUGGCCUGGGUCGUGAAAUUGUAAUUAUGAGCUUUGUGAACAAUAAUACAUAAAAAAAAAAUGUUUAUGAUAAAAGUAACAAACCUUUAAAAUCACAGUAAUUUACCUCUGGCUUUAUUUCUAUUUUCCUGACAAUGUGGCUCUCGUUCUGAAGCAACAGACCAUCAUUCCUUGCAUUCAACAACAUAACAUUGAAAGAUAAUGUUGUGCUGGUUUAAAUCGCAACACUCCGAGAGAGUCCCCACAAUGCUGUACACUUUAGCUGACUGACAGCCCUUGGUUUGGUAACUAACUAACUAACUAACUAACUAACACCAAGGGGAGGACAGACCGGCGUAACCCUGGGUCACUCUCUAUGCUUCUGGUCUGUCUACCUGUCCCAGACAAGGCAGGGGAUUGUAUCUUUUUAGAAUGAGGCUAGGAGGAGGAGGAGGAGGAUGAGGAGAGCUUUAUUUUUGCUCUCCCAAUCAGCUGAGGAAGAGGUCGUGAGGAGGUCGUUGUUUUUUAUUGAGUGAUGAUGUGGAAUUUCAAGCAAUCCAAGUGGUGAUUAUAUUUAUGUUAUUUUGAAUUGAUCUUUUUUAUAGUUUUUAUGUCUUUUUUUUACUGUUGUAUCAACCCAGAGAAGGCAGGUCAAAACAACAUUGAGGUGUGAUGUGGUGGUAUGAACUGUUCCUGAAUAAACAUGAGUUGCAACUGA